ACAAACAGCCUCCUCAAAACAAAACAUGGAUUUAUCCAAAGUCCCCAAUGAGAAAAAGCUGGCGCUCUGCCGACAGUACUUUAAAGUGGGCUUCGCACUGUUGCCGCUGGUUUGGGCCGUGAACGCGCUGUGGUUCUUCGGCGAAGCCUUCCGGAAGCCCCCGUUCAGCGAGCAGCGCCAGAUUCGCAAAUAUGUGGUGUGCUCCGGCUUGGGCGCCCUGCUCUGGCUGCUCGGCGUCGGCGCCUGGGUGGUGGUUUUCCAAGUGAACCGCGCCCGCUGGGGCGCCAUGGCCGAUCAGCUGUCCUUUAUCAUCCCGCUGGGGAUGCCGUGAGGCCCCUUUUCUGUUGACAGCUAACCUGCAAAUUUUCCACUAGUGAUGUGCGUCAGCUAGUGCCGGGCCCAUUGUUACUUUAUUUGAUUGAUUUCCGGAAAACUGCUCGAAAAAAUCCUGGAAAAA